AUAUCUUUGUAGCGAUUUCUGCGAUAAAGUUACGUCAGUUAAAGUCGCGGAUAAGAGGAUGAACAAACGAUCAUGCUGAAAGGAUUACAUAAAACUAACGGCCACUCGUUUUGCAUUUUUAACUUAUCAACCAUCCCGGCGCUCUAAUAGACAGGCUUACGGGGUCCUUAAAGUUGCGUGGUGUGAUUUGGUGGAGCGCUGGAGCAGCUUAUCCGAACACUGUUAUGCUGAGAUGGCAGGCAUGCAGACGGAUCCCCCAAGAAAGGACGGGAUGCAGACAGACCACUGUGAUCAGAAAAAAGAAAAGGAGAAAAAGAAAAGGUCCCGAGUGAAACAAGUCCUCUCUGAUGUUAAAAAGCAGGUGGAAUUCUGGUUUGGAGAUGUCAACCUUCAUAAAGACAGAUUUCUCAAGGAACAACUAGAAAAGUCCAGAGAUGGAUAUGUUGACAUAUCCUUGUUAACAACGUUUAACAGAAUGAAAAAGUUGACCACAGAUGUAAAGCUAAUUUCACGAGCUGUGAGAAAUUCCACAGUCAUUGAGUUAAAUCUAGAUGGUACAAAACUCCGGAGAAGAUACCCACUUGGUGAAUGUCCUGUAAAUGUAGAUGAACGCACAGUGUAUGUGGAACUUCUUCCAAAAAAUGUUUCCCAUAGCUGGAUAGAGCGGGUGUUUAGCAUAUGUGGGAAUGUAGUCUACGUCAGUAUUCCACGGUAUAAGUCAACUGGGGAUCCUAAAGGUUUUGCUUUUGUUGAGUUUGAAACAGUAGAACAAGCAACUAAAGCUAUAGAGAUGUUAAAUAAUCCCCAAGACGCACCAAGAAAGCCUGGCAUGUUUCCCAAAACUGUGAAAAGCAAACCCGUUCUUCUCAGUGCUUCUGACAACAACGUGAUUGAGGAAAAAAAGAAGAAAAAGCGGAAAAAGUCUCGAAGUAGCAAGAAAGAAAGUGAGGAGCAAAUAUUACAAGAGAACAAAGACCAGCACGAUGAAAUGAGCAUGGAGACAAGGGAGAGAAAAAAGCGCCACAGAGACGCCUCGGAAUGCUCGGAAACGGAUGGGUCAGAUGCUCAGAGGACUGUGAAUAAAAAAGACAAGAAGAAAAGGUCCAGGUCCAAAAGUACAGACCUGACAGACGAACAGCGGCCCGUGAAAAGGAAGCGCAGCAGCUCUGACAGCAACAGCGACCUGCCGGUCCGAAUCAGGAAGCUGUCUGAAAGUGAAGAUUACGAGGGACUGCACAUGUCGAUGAGUGGGAAGAAACACAUGAAUGAUCUGAAAGAGAUGUCUGCUGAGGAAGAUAAAGGGUCAGAGGAAAAGAAGGAAGAGUCUUUGCUAAAAUCGAAGCGAAAACGGAAAAAGAAGCACAAGGAAAGACACAAAAUGGGUGAAGAUGUUAUUCCUCUUCGGGUAAUUUCAAAGAAAGAGUGGUCCGUUCUAAAACAAGAAUAUUUGACGCUUCAGAAGCAAAGCAUGUCGUCUUUGAAGAAAGCCUUGUCAGCGUUAAGACAGGGGUCUGAUGGCGACAUGGAGACUGAUGCUUGCCAACCACUCAAAGAGACCCAUGGAGCCCAACCGCCUGAAAAGCCCACCCCCCUGGGUCCCCAGUUUGUAAGCGGAGUCAUUGUCAAAAUCACCCACAGUGAGCCAUUACCAGGAAGGAAAUGCAUCAAGGAUGUUCUCUCGGAAAUGUCUUCUGUGGAAUAUGUAGACAUGUUAGAAGGAGAUGCUGAGUGCCACGUACGUCUCACAUCACCAGAUGAUGUCAGAGUGUUGAUGGAGGCCGAAUCUGAGAUUAAAAAAAAACAUCACUGGAAAAUGAAAGUUCUUACAGGCGAUAAUGAACAGCGAUACUGGCAGAAGAUAUUAGUGGAUAGGCAAGCAAAGCUAAACCGCCCAAGAGACAAAAAACGAGGCAUGGAAAAACUCAUAGCCAAAGCAGAAAAGAUCAUUGUGGCCAAAACAAAAGAAGCAAGCAAACACAUUCGAUUUGAUGAAGACUGAAUCAAGGACUCUUUUAUCAAAAAUGGAAAAAAGUAUCCUUUAUUUUUAAUACCUGGAAGUUCUGUGAACGUAUUUCCCCCCCUAGACUGUAUAGAGCUUUUUAUACUAAUGUGUGUGCAGCCAUCAAAAGCAGGACUUGAAUUUCAUUUGACAUGAUUGCAUCAAGAGCCUACCCUUCAUCAUCAUUAUCAUGAGAAACUUGACUGUGACGAAUAAGAAAAGGAAAUGUUCUGGGUUUGUAAUGCAAUAACUGACUGUGUAUGUGGUGUGUGACAUGAAUUUACAAAUGGAUGCACAUUUUUUUUAUUUUGUUCAAAUGCUGAAUAAAAAAGAUCAGUUCUGUAA